UGAUUGUAUAGCAGAUCUAUUAGGAUCACUGCCUUUCCCAGAAUCUGUUCAGAAGAAAAAUGGCCGCUAAUUUCAUGACGCAAUCAUCUCUGCUUCAAUCAAAUCCUUCACUUUUUGCUAAAACCCUUCAAAACCCAUCUCUGUCUCGCCUCUCCAAGCUCUCUCCUUUACCGAGUUUUUGUUUUUUGCCCAAAAAGAGAACUGGAGCUGUUGGAAAACUAUCAUCGGGAUCGGCAGUAUCCGACUCAAAAUCUUCAAUUUUGGAAGACGAUAAAAACAGCAAGAGUCACAUUAUCGUCAUUGACAAUUAUGAUAGUUUCACCUACAAUCUUUGCCAGUAUAUGGGAGAGCUUGGAUGUCACUUUGAGGUUUAUCGAAAUGACGAGUUGACUGUAGAAGAGUUGAAAAGGAAAAAUCCAAGGGGAGUGCUUAUCUCCCCUGGUCCAGGAGCACCCCAAGAUUCCGGAAUAUCAUUGCAAACAGUUUUGGAACUUGGACCCAUUGUACCUUUAUUUGGUGUUUGUAUGGGUUUGCAGUGCAUUGGUGAGGCUUUUGGAGGAAAGAUAGUCCGUUCUCCCUAUGGCGUAAUGCACGGAAAAAGUUCUCCCGUGUAUUAUGAUGAGAAGGGGGAAGAUGGGUUAUUCGCUGGAUUAUCAAACCCUUUCAAUGCUGGAAGAUAUCAUAGUCUUGUGAUUGACAAGGACAGUUUUCCCGAGGAAGCACUUGAGGUUACCGCUUGGACAGAAGAUGGACUGAUUAUGGCUGCUCGGCACAAAGUCUAUAAGCAUAUUCAGGGCGUACAAUUCCAUCCGGAGAGCAUCAUAACUUCCGAAGGCAAAACAAUCGUUCGUAAUUUCAUCAAACUGGUAGAGAGAAAAGAGGCUGCUGAAUCCCAGAAUUAGAGGUCAUGUACUACACAAAAUUCCUUCAGACAUCAGUAUGGGACUGUAAGUUGCCGAUGCAUCCUUUCUUUGACGAUCAUGUAUUCGCGUAGGACAGUGAAUCCUUCGAUGGCUCAUUUCGGAAUACGUAUCAGAUUAUGAUACUAGACACAGAUACAUUAAGAAAAAUGAAAAGUUUGGAUACGUAUAGACGAAACCGAAUUUGCCCUUCCCUAAUAAAACCCCAUUUGAAUUCGUUUUCAAUGUUAGCAAAUGCAGAAAAGGGAAGUGAAAUGUAGGUUUCCAUCAACUUUGCACAUGAUUUUAUGUGGGUUGCUUUUGGAUAACUAUGAAACUCAUAAUAUUUUCUAUUUCCUUUU